CUGGAGAAGUGAACAUUGGAAUAGAAGUUGAUAGACCAGAGAAUGGGCUCCAUUGAAAGGCAAAGAUACGAAGAAGAAGAAGAAGCAUGUCUCAAUGCUAUGUUAUUCUGCAGUUCUCACAUCUUCCCUAUGGUGUUUCGUGCAGCCAUAGAGCUUGAUCUCUUCGCAAUCAUAGCCAAAGCUGGCCCAGGUGCUUAUCUUUCAGCCUCUGAGAUUGCUUGUCACCUUCCUACACACAACCCUGAAGCUCCUUCCAUGCUCGAUCGCAUGCUGCGUCUCUUCGCCUCUCAUUCUCUCCUCUCUCACUCUCUCCGACCCCUCCAAGAUGGUAGAGUUGAGAGGCUUUAUGGGUUAACUGCAGCCUGCAAAUUCUUUCUUCCCAACAGUGAAGAACAAGGCACCCUCGCUCCCUUAUCGGCUCUUUCUCAUCACAGAAUCGCCGUAGACGUCUGGUUGCAUAUGAAGGAUGCGAUUCUUGAAGGUGGGAGUAUGUUCAAGAAAGUUCAUGGGAUGUCAAUAUUUGAGUACAUGAAUCAAGAUCCUGCAUUUAACAAGAUUUUCAACGAGGCAAUGGCUGGUGUCUCUACCAUCAUCAUGAAUGCAAUUUUAGACAUAUAUAAAGGAUUUGAAGGUGUUACUUCACUGGUUGAUGUUGGUGGUGGUAAUGGCAGAGUCCUUAAUAUGAUCAUCUCUAAGUACCCUUUCAUUAAAGCCGUCAACUUUGAUCUUCCUCAUGUUGUACAGACUGCUCCACCUUAUCCUGGUAUUCAACAUGUUGGAGGGAAUAUGCUAACAAGUGUUCCACAAGGAGACGCAAUUAUGAUCAAGGAUACAUGUCACAAUUGGAGUGAUGAAAAUGUGAUAAAAGUGUUGAAGAAUAUAUAUCAAGCACUACCAAAUAAAGGGAAACUUAUAAUUAUGAAUGCAAUACUGCCAGAAGCACCAGAGACAAGCAAGGCCUCUCAAUACGUUUCAAGACUUGAUAAUACAAUGCUGAUGCAGCCUGCAGGGAAAGAGAGAACUACUAAAGAAUUUGAGGCCUUGACCAUGGCUGCCGGAUUCUCCAACUUUCAUGUUGCUUGUGUUGCUCGCGGCAUCUGGGCUGUCAUGGAAUCUUUUAAGUAAUUAAUUAAGCCUCUGAAGAUCAUUUCCAUUAGUAUUUAAUUACUUUUGCUUUGAGAUUGAGGUUGAUAAUUAUAUAUAUGAUCAUACUCUUAUGGGUUUGUGUCAGUGGUUUGCCUCUUCUGCUUUGGUGAGGCUGAUAUACAUAUUUGUAGUCCAUUCCACAAAUAUGAUAAAUAAACAAAAUUAGGAUUUGCUUCACUUAA